AUGGCUUCAAUUCGGAAUAUUUUGUUCACCGGUUUUUUGGCCCUGUCAGUUCCCGUGAGCGCUGCCUCAAGACGAGGAAUCCUAAACUCCCGCUCAUCAAUCACUCCUCCACUUGGCUGUCCCAUCCCCACAUGGACAGUCAGCUACUUCAACUGGUACAACGGUUCUCACAGUCUAGACUGCAUCCACAACCAAAAAGACAUCAACGCAAAAGGCUGUCGAUGUGGUGAUAACUGGUGCGACCCCAAUCCAGCUACAUGCAACGGAUCAUUGGUCCCAGUAUGCUACACUGGCAUGCCAGAUUACCAGCCAUGGGGUUACGGCCCACCGGAGACCCUGGACAUUGAUUUUGCAGAUGGACUAGAAUGCCAUGAUCAAUAUGAGGGAUUCCGUAUCAAAGACAUUGGCAACGGUGAAAGCAAUUGCGGCUAUGCUGAUCGUAGCGAGGGACGCAUCGUUGCUUUCUAUGGAUCCUCUAACUUGGCCAAUUCUACUGGUCAUAUGGAUUACACUCUUGGUGACGGGCAUGCGCUCAAGUGUGAUAAUGGUAGCUCUAUCACUUAUUCUGGUAGUGUGGAUUUCCCGCUGUCGUGUAAGCAUGAUGCGGAAUUUAACGCUACUUGCACCGCGCCUGUGUUCACUAUUCCUGUACUGAGCUAUUCUUGGGUUGAUGUUGAGUGA